GCUCCAUCCGUGGACGCUUUCAAAGAGAAGUUAGACUUAUGCAGAGGUAUAUUUUGCAAGGAUUAACACAGGCCACGAGAGCCUUCUAUCAUUAUCAUCUGAAUCUGAACAAGUUUGUAUCCCUUAAAUUGAUAGUUGUAGAAAGGCGCGAGAUUUCAUUUUGUUUCGAUCUUAGUUUUGCUUAGUCUACUGAAAAGAUUAGGAAAUGACGCUAAAUGACACGGAAGUUCAGCGUCAGAUUCGUCACAUGAUGGCCUUCAUAGACCAAGAGGCUCGAGAAAAAGUUGAAGAAAUAGAUGCUAAGGCUGAAGAAGAAUUCCAAAUAGAAAAGUCACGCUUGGUACAAAAUCAGCGUCUCAAAAUAAUGGAGUACUAUGCUAAAAAAGAGAAGCAAAUUGAGUUAACUAAAAAAAUUCAAGAUUCGAACUUGAAAAAUCAAUCCAGAUUAAAGGUUUUACAGAGCAGAGAAAAUCAUAUCGAGAUGUUACUCAAAGAAGCUCGUGAGCGUUUGCGAACAGUCACCAAGGAUCAAAAUGUUUAUCAGAAAUGCCUUGCUGGAUUAAUUACAGAAGGUCUUUAUCAGUUAUUGGAACCGGACGUCAUAAUAAGAUGCCGUCAGGUGGAUCGCGAUCUUACGCAGAGUCUUCUACCAGGAUGUAUUGCUGCCUAUCGAAAAGAAACUGGAAGUGAUUGCAAAGUUGUAAUAGACAACAAUUAUUUACCUGAUAGCCUAGCUGGUGGAGUUGAGUUGUACAAUAAAGAUGGACGUAUUAAGGUGGUGAACACGCUAGAGAGUCGUUUAGAUCAGAUUAGUGAACGUUUAAUGCCGAAAUUACGAGAAAUUUUAUUCGGAGUAAAUGAAGGACGAAAAUUCCAUAAUUAAACUCAUUAUUACCAUUAUCAUAAUGCCCAUCUUAUUUAACACUGUGUUACAAAAUUGUCUGUUUCACAGACAAUUAAAACCCCAUAGCAUAAUAUUAUUUAUGAUCUUUUUUUCUUCCGAUGAUGCCUGUGUUUAUGCAUUGUCUGACUACUUGAUUUUUCCCUAUUAUUACUGUAUUCUUUACUAUAAAUAUCAUAAUGGUUAUUUGUAAUUACAAUAUAAGGUGUAUGAUUCUAA